AUGAAUAGGUAAUUAGCCGGGCCCUGGGUGAGUGAACCAGGAAGCAACUGCGGCCCAGGCGCCUCCCGCUGGACACGCAUUCUGGGCACUAUCGGACACAGGGGAAGGGCCUUAAGAGUUGCUGAGAUGAAACGUUUCCUACGCUCUGGUCAUGACUCCGUGAGAGAGAGGCUCAAACGGGACUUGUUCCAGUUCAAUAAGACAGUAGAACAUGGCUUUCCACACCAGCCCAGCGCCCUUGGAUUCAGCAGUUCUCUCCAUCUCAUGGCGAUUGGUACACGCUCUGGAGCAAUUAAGAUAUACGGCAGACCAGGAGUUGAAUUCAUGGGUCUCCAUGAUGAGAAUAAUGCAGUUAUUAAGAUAAGCUUCAUUCCUAACCAGUGCCAGCUGGUGACUCUUCUAGAUGAUAACAGUCUUCAUCUGUGGUCACUGAAACACCAGGACGGGCUGUCGGAACUGCAGGAAGAGAAAAAAUUCACCCUGCGUGGUCCUCCAGGCGCACCACCCAGUGUGACGCAAAUCAAAGUGCUCCUAGCACAUUCUUCGGGGGAGAGCUUGUUCCUGGGCACAGAGGGGGGUACGGUGUUCACGUUGGCGUUACCAUCCCUGCAGGUUCUGGAAGAGAAAACUAUCGGGCAUGAGGCAGCCCUCCAGAGUCUUCCGGAUGAAUACACCAACAGACGACCGUUUGAAUCGGUUGAGGCCUUGCAAGAAAACCCCAAGAACCAAGACCAACUCCUGAUUGGUUACAGCCGUGGCCUAAUGAUGGUGUGGGAUACGAGAAUGGGACGUGCUGUACGACACUUCUUAGGCACACAGCAACUGGAGAAUGUUUUCUGGUGCCGUGAUGGAAAACACAUAAUCAGCUGUCACAAUGACGGAGGAUACAGGCAGUGGACAGAAUCUGGUGAGAGGAUACAGGAAUCGCCCAUUGAGAACAAGGUGCCGUAUGGUCCCUUUCGCUGCAAAGCAAUUUGUAAAAUAGGCUGGCAUAUGACACGCAGAGGGUCACCAUAUAUUGUGUUCCAAGGUGGAAUGCCCAUGGCUAGUUACGGGGAUCGGCACAGUAUAUCUGUCGUCCAUGGUAACCAACAGACCGCAUUUGAUUUCACCUCGCGGAUCAUUGACCAUAUUGUGAUUGGAAACCCUGAUCCAUCAGCAGAAUAUGAUGAACCACGGGCUUUGCUGGUGUUGGCAGAAGAAGAACUGGUGGCAAUUGACCUGCAGACUCCUGGUUGGCCAGUAAUCCAGUGUCCAUACCUUGUGUCACUUCAUUGCUCAGCCAUCACCUGCUCCUAUCACAUAUCUUCUAUCCCCCUGAAGCUGUGGGAGAGGAUUAUCAGCGCUGGCAGGAAGCAGAACACCCACUAUUCCGGCAUGCCAUGGCCGGUUGAUGGCGGUGUAAUAUUGGCGCCACCUCCACCACAGAGAGACCUGCUUCUUACAGGGCAUGAAGACGGCACUGUGCGGUUCUGGGAUGCGUCUGGUGUGUGUCUGCAGCUGAUGUAUAAGAUGAGCACAGUGGGGGUCUUUCAAACCGAUUCUGACCAUAAUGAUAACCUCAACCCUCAUGGAGAGGAAGAGUGGCCCCCACUUAGAAAAGUUGGCUCGUUUGACCCAUACAGUGACGACCCCCGGCUUGGAGUGCAGAAACUUUACUUGUGUAAAUACAGUGGCUACCUGUCUGUUGCUGGGACUGCUGGGCAGGUUCUAGUUCUAGAGUUGAACGAUGAGGCUGCAGAGCAAGUGGUUGAGAACACCGUAGUGAAUCUUUUACAGGAGCAAGAAGGUUAUCGUUGGAAAGGCCAUGAGCAGCUACGUGCCCGUACGGACUCCAUCCGCUUUCCUCCGGGAUUUCAGCCAUUCUGUUUGGUGCAGUGCCAGCCGCCUGCUGUCGUGACGUCGCUAGCGCUGCACUCUGAGUGGAGACUGCUUGCUUUUGGCACCAGUCAUGGCUUUGGCCUUUACGACUAUCAGCAGAAACGCCAAGUGAUGGUCAAGUGCACGCUGCAUGCGAGUGAUCAACUGGCAUUGGAGGGGCCCCUAUCGCGAGUAAAGUCACUAAAGAAAUCUCUGCGUCAGUCCUUCCGUCGCAUCCGAAGAAGCCAGGUUAACAAACGAAGAGCAGGAACUGACAGCAAAGUGCAGGAGGCUAAUGCCCGCUUUGAACAGGAAGCCCUGCAGGACAUGGAAUUGGCACCUGUGCAGAGAAGGAUUGAGGCUCGCUCAGCAGAGGAUUCCUUUACUGGAUUUGUCCGCACUCUGUACUUUGCAGACACCUUCCUGCGAGACAGCUCCAGACACUGUCCUUCUCUAUGGGCAGGCACAAAUGGUGGCACGGUGUACGCAUUUUCUCUGCGGGUGCCUCCUACAGAACGUCGGAUGGAGGAAGUUGUGUCUGCAGCACAAGUCAAAGAGAUCCAACUUAUGCAUCGGGCACCGGUGGUUGGUAUUCUUAUUCUGGAUGGUCACAGUGUUCCCCUUCCAGAGCCAUUGGAAGCAGCUCAUGACCUCUCAAAGAGCCCAGAUAUGCAGGGCAGCCACCAGCUGCUCGUCUUGUCUGAAGAACAGUUCAAGAUCUUCACACUGCCAAAAGUAAGCAGCAAAUUGAAGCUGAAAUUGACUGCUACAGAAGGGUGUCGAGUGCGUAAAGCAGCAGUAUGCACUUUUAGUAGCUCUCGAGCAGAGGAUCACACAGAGAACCACUUGACUGUGCUUACAAACCUUGGUGACAUACAGGUGGUAUCUCUGCCCCAUCUGAAGCCACAGGUCCGAUACGACUGCAUUCGCAAAGAGGAUGUGAGUGGCAUUGCAUCCUGUGUCUUCACAAAACAAGGACAAGGAUUUUAUCUGAUCUCUCCCUCUGAACUGGAACGUUUCUCGCUGUCAACAUGUUGGCUGAUUGCACCUCGUUGUAGGGUGGAUCCACCACAGGAUCUGCACAGUGGUCAACACCCGCGAGGUAGUAAUGAAUGUCAUCUUGAAAGAUCCAGACAAUCUAAUUGGGAUGAUGAAGACACCGAGGCACAAAGGACCAGAGGAGCACUAAUGGAGCAUGCAUUGCUGAAUGAUGAAAAGAUGCUGAAAGAGAUCCAGAACACCCUAGAAGGAUCACGAAUAAGCUUCAAUGAAAGAAAUUCCAGACAAAUCAGUGUAGGAAGACUCAGUAACGGUGCAGCUGAAUGAAAUGCCUGCCAGCGUCCUUCCGACAGCUUGGGAACCAAGCUCAGUGCCAUUACACUACAAUAUUUGGAGCCGAGCACAAUGCAAUACAUUUUUCUGGAGCUUGGACUUUUUUUAGUGGGCAAUAUGCCCAUGCUGCACACAAGUCUUUACCCGUUUGUGUGGGAAAUUGUUUUAAGUUAUGAAUCUUAAUUGCCUUACUGAUUGUGUGCGCAGCACCCCCAAUGAAAAGUGAAAGUUUUAUUACCAUGGUUUUUGUUCUUAAUUGUCAAUUAUGGUUUUUAAAGAUUUGAAAUAUUUUGCAUUUUAUUGGAGUAUUUUAGCAUCAGUGUUUUAUAUGAUGUAUGAGGCAGAAUGCACAACCAUGACAGAUCCCAGGACCCAUUCUAUAUUUGGGCUACCUUAGUCUAUUUUUGUAAGAAACGAGUUUUGUUCUGGAGGUAUCUGUGGCCAAUAAAAAAACAUCUGUUUCUCA